AUGAUGCCUGCCACGAUGCGGCGUGGCCUGGCGGGAAAAGAGAAAAAAAAGAAGAAGAAAAACAAGGGCGUUCAAUCCCAAUCCCAAUUCCACUUGGCUGAUCAUUCUCACAGUCGCACUGGCAUUGCACUGCCGAGCCCCAUACCGGGCACCUGCAACAUUGAAAGCCGCAGCAGCUUCGAGAUGCCGCUUCCAGUGCCACUCGACCUGUUUGGCCUGCAAAUUUCCGUUCUGCAACCCCCGCGGAGCUACCAGCUACAGCCCGCUGGACGCUGCCGUCUGGUGACAUGUGCACGCUACGGUAUGGGCGACUUUGCCACGGCCAGUUGCAUGUCACAGCGCCCCUCCCCCGACAGAAGCCCGCUAUUUUGCCAGCGCCCACAGCGCCUGACUGGCCGCUCACAUGCCCCCCUGGUGCUGGUGCGCGCAAGCGAUCAAUUGAUCUGCCCCCCGAGAGAAGCCCGCCAGCCGCUAAUGGAGCCCCUGCGCUGCGUCUCCCCACUCGCCGGCCGGCGUCUUCCCUGA